AUGGAGCAGGGAAAUCAUACCAGGGUAAGAGAAUUUAUUUUUCAAGGACUGACCCAGUCCCGAGACCUGAGUCGGCUCUUGUUUCUUUUGCUAUUAUUGGUGUACACAGCCACCCUGCUGGGCAACCUCCUCAUCAUGGUCACUGUGAGCUGUGAGUCUCGCCUCCAGACCCCCAUGUACUUCCUGCUCCGCAACCUCUCCGUCCUGGACAUCUGCUUCUCCUCCAUCACCGCCCCCAAGGUCCUGGCGGACCUCCUUUCGGAGAGAAAGGCCAUCUCCUUCCGUGGCUGCCUCACACAGAUGUUUUUCUUCCACCUCCUCGGGGGCGCAGACAUCUUCUCCCUCUCGGUCAUGGCCUUUGACCGCUACGUGGCCAUCUCCAAGCCCCUGCACUACGUGACCGUCAUGAGCCGGGGGCGGUGCACUGCCCUCAUCGUGGCCUCCUGGGCGGGGGGCUUCGUCCACUCCAUCGUGCAGAUCUCCCUGCUGCUCCCCCUCCCCUUCUGCGGACCCAACGUCGUGGACGGUUUCUACUGCGACGUCCCCCAGGUCCUCACACUCGCCUGCACGGACACCUUUGCCCUUGAGCUCCUGAUGAUUUCCAACAACGGCUUGAUCUCUACCCUGUGGUUCGUCUUCCUGCUUGUGUCCUACACAGUCAUCCUGACGAUGCUGAGGUCCCACUCCGGGGAGGGCAGGAGGAAAGCCAUCUCCACCUGCACCGCCCACAUCACGGUGGUCACCCUUCACUUCGUGCCCUGCAUCUACGUCUACGCCCGGCCCUUCUCCGCCCUCCCCACGGACAGAGCUGUCUCCCUCACCUUCACUGUCAUCAUUCCUGUCCUGAACCCCCUGAUCUACACCCUGAGGAACCAGGAGAUGAAGGCAGCCAUGCGGAGGCUGAGGAGGAGACUUGGACCUUCUGAAAAGGAAUAGAUACCAUGCAGUCUAGAAUGGAAGGCUCAGAACUGAAAAGUAUUUUCUCACACACAGUAGAAGACCCUUAUCAGUAGACCAUCAUGAGGCCAGAUGAGGCCAUCUUUACUCUGUGGCAGAAUCUUCUAAUGAAGAUGGUCUGAAAUAAUUGUUUCAGUAAGGAUUUCUCAUGGCGAGAUUGUCUGCAACUGAAGUCUCAGAUCCAAAAGCCAUUAGCUCAUGAUGAUGUUGUUGUUCAGUUGCUGAGUUGUGUCCAACUCUUUGUGACUCCAUGGACU